ACUCGAAUCGUGCUUUUCCAUAAACUCUACAAAUUUUCUCUGAAUCGAAAAUUCCAAAUACGCUUCCCGCGCAGAAGCUCUGAGUCUCUAAGAAAUGCCGUCCAUCGCCGUUAUCAAUUCGUCUCCGGUGAAGGAGAGCAGUGCUAUCAAAUCCGAGACUGCCAGAUCCAAAUCUAGCGACGCCACUCCUCAGAAGAGGAGAUUGAGAUCUAAUUCAACUGUGGUACAGGAGAACCAGAUCUCUACUCCGAAGAAAUGGAAAUCUCCUCGCCGUUGUGACAAUUCGAGCCCCAACGGUCCUCCAAAAGAAUUGAAGGUUGAUUUUAGAACAAGUCUCGUUACAACACAGAAUUCACCAGCAAAGAAAGUUUCAACUCCAAUUUUAGAUGUCAAGUCGAAUUGGAAUCCCAGAGACAUGGAUCAAAUGAGUGCCGUCAAAAAGGCACUGCACAUAUCGAUUGCUCCACCAAAUGUUGUGUGCCGUGAAGAUGAGCAGAGAAGAAUUUUGGAGUUCUGCAAGACUUGUAUAGAACGGGAGAAGGCUGGAAGUUUGUACAUAUGUGGCUGCCCAGGGACUGGAAAGUCAUUAUCCAUGGAGAAAGUGAAGCAGCAAGUAGUUGACUGGACACAAGAGGCAAGUUUGCAGUCACCGGAUGUAAUAGCCAUUACUUGUACAUCUCUAACAAACACAAGUGAAAUUUUCAGUAAGAUACUAGGUAAUAACCAAUUAAGAAAGGAAAUAAACUGUUCCACCUCGCCUCUUCAACAUCUCCAGAAUCUGUACUCUCACAAACUGCAGUCAUCUGGCUCGAAAAUGAUGCUAAUUAUUGCUGAUGAGUUGGAUUAUUUAAUCACAAAAGACCGGGCUGUCCUCCAUGAACUGUUCAUGCUUACAACUUUACCGUUCUCUAGAUGUAUACUUAUAGGAAUUGCAAAUGCCAUAGACCUAGCAGAUCGGUUUCUUCCAAGACUCGAUGCUUUAGAAUGUAAACCUUUGAUCGUGACAUUUCGGGCCUAUUCUAAGGAUCAAAUUCUUAGAAUACUUCAAGAGAGGCUCAUGGCAUUUCCUUGCAUUAUUUUUCAACCUCAAGCGCUGGAACUCUGUGCAAGAAAAGUCGCCGCAGUCUCUGGAGAUAUGCGAAGAGCUCUUAGUAUCUGCAGGAGCGCAAUUGAGAUACUUGAAGCAGAACUGAGAGAAACUGCAACCAAGAGGAAUUCAUCAUCAGCAGAGGAGUCCUUUGAUCAACAAACAACUUUAGCUCCUGAAUCCCUUCAACCGCGAGAACAAAGUGUUGUCGGGUUUGACCAUAUGGCUAUUGCCUUGUCAAGGACAUACAGAUCACCGGUAGUGGAAACAAUACAGUCACUUCCUCAACAUCAGCAGAUUAUAGUUUGCUCUGCUGUGAAGUUUUUCCGUGGCAGAAAGAAAGAUACAACUGUGGCAGAGCUUAACAAAUCUUACAUGAACACCUGCAAGUCAGCAUCGAUACCACCAGUUGGAACCAUGGAAUUUUCAAGCAUGUGCAGGGUAUUGAAUGACCAGGGGCUCCUAAAGUUAGGACAGGCUCGUGAAGAUAAGUUGAAAAGAGUAACGCUAAUAGUAGAUGACGCUGACGUCACUUUUGCAAUGCAGGGAAGUAGAUUUUUUCGGAAUUGUCUUCUGUAAUUUUUGGCAUACAAGAACAAGUAACUCCUCCGAUGAGGUUCGACCAUUUGUCGUCAACAAAUAAUGUGAUUUAUCAAGGAAUCAAAUAAAUUGCAAUUUUCACUUUCAAAAAAUAUUUCCUUUACAAAUAUUUUCUUCUUUAUUUUUCUAGCGACUCUUCGAUCAAUACACAAAUAAUUUUGUUCA